CGCGUCCAAUCACGUUUCAGGAUGAGCUGGCACUAAAAACUAAAGCGGAACAAGAAGCUAGGCUAACCCUAAGAGGCUAACGGACCGGAGCCAGCGGACGGUUUAACUACGCAGCAGACCGAUCUUCGCCCCGGUCUGAGUCCGUAGCGCUUCUCAGGAUGAGUCUGCAGUGGACGGCCGUCGCCACCUUCCUCUACGUCGAGGUUUUCUUUGUUCUGCUGCUCUGUAUCCCCUUUAUCUCACCCAAGAGGUGGAACAAGAUCUUUAAAUCUCGUAUCGUUCAGACCAUCGCUCUCUAUGGAAACACCUCCUUCAUGGUGGCCAUGGCCAUCCUGGUCUUCCUGCUCAUCGACGCGUUCCGUGAGGUGAGGAAGUACAGCGUGACGGAGAAGGUGGAUCUGACCAACAACCCGACGGCCAUCGAACACAUCCACAUGAAACUGUUCAGAGCUCAGAGGAACGAAUACAUUGCUGGCUUCGCCCUGCUGCUCUGUCUGUUGUUGCGUCGCCUAGCAACGCUUCUUUCCCAGCAGGCUUCACUCAUGGCGUCCAACGAGGCCUUCAAGAAGCAGGCGGAGGGAGCGAGCACCGCCGCCAAGAAGUACAUGGAGGACAACGAAGUGCUGCAGGAGAAACUCCGUGACGCCGGAAUCGAGGUUCCAGAGGGAGGGAAGAAGGGAGCCGGAAUCCAGGAGGAGAACAAGACCCUGAAACAGGAAGUGAAGACGCUGAAGGAGGAGCUGGACACCACCAAGAAAGCUCUGCAGAAGUCAGACAGCGACGUUCAGGCCAUGAAGAAACAAGCCGAGAACCUGACGGUGGAGUACGACCGGCUGCUGGACGAACACAGCAAACUGCUGGCGAGCAGCGACAAGAAGUCUGACUGAGGAUGGCGACGGUUUCCACCUUCAUCUUCAUCACCGUCCUUUAUGCGCUGCGAUGUGAUGUCACUGUGGUCAGCUGACAUCGCCGGGCUGUGAUUGGUUGAAUCGGACUGUCUAUCAGACUCUUCUCCUUCUUCUCUGGAUUAGUUUUUGUGUUUUGAGCAGCAGGUUUACGGUUCUUCAUGUUUUUCAUCCAAGAAAAGAAGCUUCAUUCCAAAAUCCAAACAUUUGCACAUUGUGAGAUUCAUUGAGCUGAAUUUAACUCGAUCACUCUGAGCGAUGAAAACCGAGUCUGCUGCAUCUCCUCUGCUCUGUUUUUCUGGGAUUUGAUUUUCUUUUUGGUUUAAAAUUUUUCGAGGUCAAACAAACAUUAAAUAAACCUUCUGAGGAAGCGGCAGCAGAGUUGAGUUUGAGUCGUUCUCAGUGAUUCUCAUCGUUGUUGUUUGAUGGAAAUAAACGGGAAACUUCA